CCUCCGCGCUCCGUGUCCCGUCGCCGUCGGCCCCGCGAGCGAGGUCGUGCCCCGGAAGUAGAGGGGCCAUGUUGAUGGGUGACCCCCGAGAGAGGUACUGGGCGAGUGGCGAGUCCUGAGGAAAGGUAGCGCGUGGCCCGCGGAGUGUGACGUUUAGCCCUUGUCGGUCCCCCAUGGCCCCGUGGAGCCGAGAGGCAGUGCUGCGUCUAUACCGGGCUCUGCUGCGCCAAGGCCGAGAGCUUCGCUACACUGAUAGAGACUUCUACUUUGCUUCCAUCCGCCGAGAAUUCAGGAAAAAUCAGAAGCUUGAGAAUCUGGAGGCUCGAGAGAAGCAGCUGGAGAAGGGCCUGGCCCUCCUCCAUAGCAAACUAGGAGGCCUUAUCUAGGGUCCUCUUCCCCUCCUGCCCCAAUUCCAAGACAGGCCAAAGCUGCGUCAGAGACACUCCUGGCCCCCACCCCACCUCACAGAUGUAUUAGGAAGCCUCAGGUGAGCAAUGGCAGGUGCUGGUGAGCGCAAAGGGAAGAAGGAUGACAAUGGCAUUGGCACAGCCAUCGAUUUUGUGCUCUCCAAUGCCCGGCUGGUGCUGGGUGUGGGUGGAGCAGCCAUGUUGGGCAUCGCCACACUGGCAGUUAAGCGGAUGUACGACCGGGCAAUCAGUGCCCCUACAAGCCCUACCCGCCUAAGCCAUUCAGGGAAGAGGAGCUGGGAGGAGCCAAACUGGAUGGGCUCUCCUCGCCUAUUGAACAAGGACAUGAAGGCAGGCCUGAGCCGGUCUCUGCAGACCCUUCCCACAGACUCUUCUGCCUUUGACACAGGAGAAACUUCUUUCUUACUACCGGAACCGGGCAGCCAUCCCUGCUGGAGAGCAGGCUCGGGCCAAGCAAGCUGCGGUGGACAUAUGUGCCGAGCUCCGGAGCUUCCUGCGGGCCAAGCUGCCUGAUAUGCCACUUCGGGACAUGUACUUAAGUGGCAGCCUCUAUGAUGAUCUGCAGGUGGUGACAGCUGACCAUAUCCAACUCAUUGUUCCCCUUGUGCUGGAGCAGAACCUGUGGUCAUGCAUACCUGGGGAGGACACCAUCAUGAAUGUCCCUGGUUUCUUCCUGGUUCGUCGUGAGAACCCAGAGUACUUUCCUCGUGGUAGCAGUUAUUGGGACCGAUGUGUUGUAGGUGGCUACCUCUCCCCAAAGACAGUGGCAGACACCUUUGAGAAGGUGGUGGCAGGCUCCAUCAACUGGCCAGCCAUAGGGUCCCUCUUAGACUAUGUGAUCCGUCCAGCACCACCCCCAGAGGCCCUGACUCUAGAAGUUCAGUAUGAGAAGGACAAACAUCUUGUCAUUGACUUCCUGCCAUCAGUAACCCUUGGUGACACUGUCUUGGUGGCCAGACCACACCGGUUAGCUCAGUAUGACAACCUGUGGCGGCUGAGCCUUCGUCCUGCUGAGACAGCACGCUUACGGGCUUUGGACCAGGCAGACUCUGGCUGCCGGUCUCUGUGCCUCAAGAUCCUCAAGGCCAUAUGCAAGUCCACUCCAGCUCUGGGCCACCUCACUGCCAGCCAGCUAACCAACGUUAUCCUCCACUUGGCCCAGGAGGAGGCUGACUGGUCUCCAGACAUGUUGGCUGACCGAUUUCUACAGGCCCUGAGGGGACUCAUCAGCUACUUGGAGGCUGGGGUCUUGCCUAGUGCCCUGAACCCCAAGGUGAACCUAUUUGCAGAGCUCACCCCUCAAGAAAUAGACGAAUUGGGAUAUACCCUCUACUGCUCGUUGUCUGAGCCGGAGGUGCUGCUGCAGACGUAGGGCAGGUAAAGGCUCAGACUCUCCGUUAAAAACACUUGGCUAUGUGGUUGGUGCCUCACAGGGUCCCUAGGUGCCUCCUGUUUUGCUGGUAAUUGUCCUGGUCACUUCAUGCUGAUGAGAAUGACGUCCCUUCGGUUUUCCCGCCCACCCCUAUUUUUGUAACCAAACACUGUGCUCCCUACUUGCCGCCUUACUCUAGGCUGGUUUUUUUGUUUUUUGUUUUUUGGAACAAACAGAAGGUGUGGAGUGCUGGCCUCAGCCUUUGGGUGUUUUGUUUUUGGCCCAGAUUUCUUGUUUUUCUGUCUGCUAUGUCCUGUUCUGCCCCUUGGCCUCUUGUUUGCUCUUUUCUCUGUCUUUCUCUUUCUUGGUCACACCCGUGGCUCUUGUCCCCAGAGCACAUUUGCCUAAUGAAGACGUUGCCUGUAGUUGAUGUCACAGAAGAGGGAUUGCAUGUUUCUAGCCUGAGCUCUGCAGAGGAAUGAGACAGUAUUUAGGUUUCCAGGGUGAGGCUGGAAAGAGCCUCUGCCCUGGCAAAUCAGCCUUUGCCCCUGGUUCCUGGAAAACAAGCUUAUCUCCUCUCCCUACCCUAAGCAACUCCUGUUUAUCUGAGCUAAGGAUUUUGAACGUGGGGACGGUGCAUUGACCAACACUGGAGGCGCCGGAUGCAGCUAUUUUAUUGGAGGUUUAUUGAGGUGCUUCUUUAUGGCUAUCAGUGAAAGCACAGGGCUAGGAUGCAGAAGCUGAUUUGGAGAGCCUGUGUGUUCCCACUGUUUGUUUCUAUACGUGGUCACCAGAGUCACACAGACAAGGAAUACGUGGGGGCUUCACAGGCAGCACCUGUAAGAUGCUGGUUUCCCCUUAACUGCUGGUAGAAGGUGGCCUUGCUUUAGCCAUGGAGGCCAAGGGAAGGCAAAAGGAGGCAGUGUCAGCGGAAACCCAGUGACCACAAUUGCUUUCUUGACAGGCUUUACCUUUCUUAGGUGUUGCCUUAGAGCAAGAACCAUACCCAGGGCCAGAACCUCCCACCUGGUCCCUAUCCUUCUUGCACUAUAGGUACCUCCACAGGCCAGAGGGCACAUGACCAUGCCAGCCCCGCUCCCUCACUUGACUCCUGGGGAGAUUGGUGCUACCUAGGAAGAGAGUACAUAAAUAACACCCACAGAAAAGAGAUGGGCUUCCCAUGUUGCUGCUGAGAUUGCUAUUUAUGGCCAAGUCAUCAUCAUAUGGGUGGGGGAAGGGUCAUUUCUGUGUGUCCUUUUUCUUCCGUUCAUGACAAGAGGCUGACAGUAACUCUGGUUCUGAUUUGCCCAUCUAGUAUUGUGUUCUCCCAUCAGGUCUUUCUUUAUCUAUUCUUACUACCUCUCCAUCAGUGUGAUUCUGGUGACGUACUCUGUGGCUGUGUUGGCCCUUCCUUAUGAGGGUGACACAAAAUGACUAUAAAUAGCACUGACCCUGCAGCAGCCCAUUUGAAAUUAGGGUAGAGACACACCCCCCUCUCCCCUCCUAGGAGGUUGAGCUAGGCUAUAUAUUUAGCCUGUCUUCCUCUUCUCCCACACAUGUGUAAAGACUUCUUCAGGAGUUUCUUUUUGAUUUGUGUAAGAUAGUAUGAGAAACUUGAUAAAGCCAAGAACCUUAACUGAAACAUGCCCUCCUGGUAGUUAAUAAAAAUGAAUAAAAGCAUCUAUUGCUAAGUUGAACUGAGUAGGCACGGCAGGGCUUUCGUAGACAGUCCAAGGUUCUGGCUGCUGCCUGUUGGAGGGAGAGUUGGUAGAAUGCUGCAAAACGAGAUUUUAGAGAGGAGUUAGAUUUCCUGUCAGAAGUAUUAUAAAACUCCUAAGCUGCCAUCUCUGAACUGAUUCCGUUUAGGAUGCCAGGAAGAGUGCAGAUGAACCCCCAGAACUUGAAGAUGCUCAAGAUUCCAAAUGUCCUAAAUCACAGCCAUAUCUUAGUGAAUUUAGGAAAAGCAAUGAAUUUAUCAUUUGUCACUGAAUUUAGGAAAAGCAAUGAAUUUAUUGCCUGUUUUUAUGAACAGCUUUGACUUUGGACUAUGCUUUGCAAAACCAAGAUCAUGACUUGGCCAUCUUAUAAGCAGGAACCUCUUAGAAGUCCUCAGAACAAGGACCAGUGGGACCAGCUCUAUCCUGGUGGGUUUGUGGAUUAGCUGGGCACACCUUCUUUGCUGUCAUUCUUUGUCAUAAAGUAUGGGAGGCGGCCACAUGCUCUGGGAUGCUUAGAUGGAAGAAAAGAUACUCUGUCCUGCUUCCCUCUUUGUUGAAAGACCCAGUUGGCUGUGCCACUACUCUGCUUUUCUCUUCAGUUACUACUCCCACUUUUGACUGUAGGAAAUGCCACUGUUAGGCCCCUACUUCUGUUUGGGAGGUAUUUUGACAGUGUCAAGAUUAGCAGACUAUAUACUUGAUGCCUAAAACUACACAUUACCCUGGUUACCAAGUAAAUCCAAAUUUAUUUAUUUAUUUAUGUUUUGGUUCUUUGUUGCCCUUCUCCAAAAAUGGAAUUCAGGAUAGCAGUAUUCUUCUACGUAUUAACAGUUGAGCCGGGCCUGGUGGCGCAGGCCUUUAAUCCCAGCACUUGGGAGGCAGAGGCAGGCGGAUUUCUGAG